CAAAACAUCAUCAUCAUUAUCUUCCUCUCUUAAUUACAACCACCUAACACACAUUUAAAUUUCAAACAGAGAUUAGUUUUCUCAAAUCACCAGGAAAGCCAGGGAAUAGUAUUGAGAGAGGUUCUGAUUAAUUAUUCUUGAGAUGAUGGCUUGUGGCUUAAGCAAGAGCCUUGGCUUCUCUUCCUCAUUGAAGAAACAGCAAGGCAUAGUGACCAUCCUUGGUGGUGGCAGCAGCAACAUUUCAUCUGCACCUUCACUCAGGAGAACUUUCUCUGCUGACUUGUCUUCCAAGAAUUGGCUCUCUCACAACGAGUCUUCUCCUAUUAAGAGGAUCUCAUCCUUUGUUGUUGCUGACGAUGAGGAAGAGAGAUCAAGAUCUGGCUCAGAUAUUUGGGCUCAGAUUCAAGAAGACAAGAACAAGAAGAAGACCGAGCCAGACCAAACUGAUGUCUGGAGUUCGAUUUUAUCCGACAAGAAGAAGACGGAGAGUAGCAACGACGCGCCGUAUGUUCAUCCUCUGAUGAAACGCGCCAGCUCCUUGAGCGAGAAGAGCCUCGAGAUUUGCACUGAGAGUCUCGGAUCCGAGACGGGUUGCGAAGGAUUCGCUUCGUACGCAGAAGCUGAGAUCGACAAGGAGGAGAGUAGUCUCGUUCUUGACGUUACAGAGACCAAACAGGAAGAAGAAACAGAGGUUGAGUUUGAAAAAGAACCAAUCACGGUUCAAAAUCAGACAACAUGCAUAGAGCUGCCACGUGGAUCGUUUCCUCCUCCGCUUCGUUCUCUCUCGAGCCAAACCGGUUCGGCUCUGCACAUGAAAACUCGCCGCGACAAUGGCAGGUUGGUUCUUGAAGCUGUCUCUAUGCCGUGUCAUAACAACUUCUCCGCUAAGCGCCAAAACGGACGGCUCCUCCUCGCUUUUGCUGACAUAGUUAGUGAAGACGAAACUGAUGAGCUUCAGUGGUCCGAAGAUGAAGAAGAAGAGGAGGAGAUACAAGAGGAGUUUGCUUAUAAGCCCAAUGAGCUUGUAUAUAAGCUUGCACCAAAGCCCAUUGGGCCUGUUACCGUUCAUAGGUUGGCCCAUAAGCCUAUCGGAGUACCAAAAACAAACUUGAGAUGGUCUGAGAUUGAAACCAAAACGGAUAUUUCGACACCGGUGGUCCACUCUCUGCCACCGAGGCCGAGGGUGGCUCAGCUCGCUCGGUCAAUGAAACCGCCAUCCACGGUGGACGACACCGUAGGAGCGGCUUGCUUCAACAUAUGUGACUACUCUUGGAAGCCUGCUAAGACUGAAAUUUUAGGCCGCAACACAAAAAGCCAGCUUCAAGCCCAAAACUAUGUCAACAAAUCUAUCGGUGUAGGAAAUGACGGUUGGAUAAAUGGUUGCAAGGAACGUAGGAGGUCUCUGUUGUCCCUUGAGCCUUUCUGCAUUGCUACUUCAUAAGUUUUAAGCCCUUACCAUAAAGUGGUAAUCUACAAGAAGCAUAUAUAAUAUAUCUAUGAAUAUGUAUAUAUAUGCGAGUAUGUAAUACUCGGAAUAUAUAUCCAUAUUAACCCAAAUAAUUGUCGUUGUUGCUGUUGGUUUUUCUAAAGGAAAGUGAGGAGUGAAGAUUAGAUAAAUUUAUUGUUUCAAAACGAGGUUAGAUACCUCGUUGGAGAAAGAAAUAUUUUAUGAUGAGUGGUUGUGUUUUGUACAAAACUUUUGUUGUUCAGUAUUUGCUCGCAAAUAAGAUGGAUUUUAUUCAUU